AUGUCGCCAGCCACAGAUCUGUUUCGACCAUACCUCGCAAGACAUGCAAACCUGAGUGGUAUUGGCGACGAAAGGCCUACCGCCCUUGAGAUUGUGCAUGAUCUGAAGGCUGAGGGGACGCUCAAGGAUGCCGUCAUUCUCAUCACUGGGUGCUCUGCUGGCCUGGGAAUUGAGACUGCAAGAGCAUUGUACCUGACUGGCGCAAAACUUUACUUGACAUUCCGCAAUAUUGAGAAAGGUCAAGCUGCUAUCAAGGCUAUCACAGCAGACGCCCCCAAAGGACAAGAUAUAGAGUUCUUGAAUCUGGAUCUAGGUGAUCUUGAGAGUGUGCGAUCAGCCGCUGCCGAUUUCAAGUCUAGAAGUAAUAGACUCAACAUCCUGAUCAACAAUGCUGGUGUGAUGGCCGCUCCUCAAGGAAAGACUGGCAGUGGCUUCGAGACUCACAUGGGAAGCAACCACUUCGGCCACUUCUUGCUAUUUGGACUACUCAGACCUGUUCUACUAUCAUCAGCUUCGUCCGAGCGCAAAUCUCGCGUCAUCAACUUGUCUAGCAGUGGCCAUCUUAUCAGUCCUGUCCGUUUUGAUGAUAUGGAAUUUGCUAAGGAAGGAAGCUAUAACCCUUAUGCCGCCUAUGGACAAAGCAAGACAGCAAACAUUUACAUGGCCAACUAUAUCGACAGAGUCUAUGGUUUGCAGGGUAUUCGUGCUGUUUCGGUUCAUCCUGGUGUCAUCCUCUCAACUGAGCUUAUGCGUCAUCAGAAGGUCGAAGACCUCCACAGUAUCGGCGACCCAGAGUACUUCAAGAAGAUCGAGUGCAACGCAGGGCAGGGUGCUGCUACUACAGUAUGGGCUGCAUUGAGUCCCUACUUCGAGGAUCAUGGAGGACUUUACCUAGCUGAAGUCGGCGUAGCUCCUGCUCUUGCAGAGGACGAAGGAAUUGGCAGAUGCGGAUAUGCUCUCUAUGCAUACGAUGAAGUGGCAGAGGAUCGUCUGUGGGAAAUCAGUAUGAAAGCAGUCGGACUAUAA